CUAUCGCUGCGCGAUCGCAAUAAUAAUAAUAAUCAAUAACCAUGAUAAGCAUGAUAAUAAUUAAUAUUUUAAUAACACAAAUACGUAUGUAAUAUUAUUAAUAAUAAUUUUAGUAGUAAUUAAUGAUCCGCAUUCCGCAGUCUGCGCGCCUAUCAUUAACUGGAUAACUACGAGUCAAUUUAUUGGGUACAGUUAUCGCCGCAUUGAGUAAAAGUGAUAUUGAGUUUUCACGACGUAUACUGAAUGAAAAAGGCUUGAAAACCGCUAAACCGACAACCACACAACAUCAUUGUUCAGUUUAUUUUGCAUUUGAACCUUCAUUCCGAAGUUCGCGAUGACGACAGAUCACGAAGAUUCUGAUGGCAAUUCAUCUGAUUCCAGUUACUCGAAGGUGGACUUUUACGAAGUUAUGAACGAAGUGCCUGAGAACUAUAAAAGCAAAGUAGAUGAACUGAACAGAAUAUUACAAAGUAAAAACCAAGAUAUAAAUCGUCUACGAGACUUGGCUAUUAGUGAUGGUGGAUUGGUGAUAAGUUUAGUACGUCUUGAAGCGUGGAAGCUGUUAUUAAACUUACCGAACAAUGAUGAACAAUUAUAUCCAUUGGAAAUUAUUAAGGACCAUCCUGAAUAUCAUCAAGUUGAUAUGGAUGUAAGGAGAUGUUUAAAGAGAUUUCCGCCUGGUAUUUCAUAUGAGAAAAUUGGUAUAUUGCAAAAAGAAUUAAUAGCAAUUAUACUAAGUGUAAUUAAAGAAUAUCCAGAUUUGAAAUACUACCAAGGUUAUCAUGAUGUUGCCGUUACUUUUCUUAUAGAAGUUGGACAAAAAGAAGCAUAUAGUAUAAUGAAACAUCUAUCAUUGCAUCAUCUAAAGGAAUUUCUAAAGCCAACUAUGGAGGAAACGUCAUAUUUAUUGUUACACGUUUUUCCGUUGAUUAAAAAGCUUGAUCCAGAGUUAGAAAAUUUUAUUGAAAAGUCUGGUAUUGGUACAAUAUUUGCUCUUCCAUGGUUGAUAUCAUGGUUUAGCCAUAGCUUAGACCAACACUCAAAAGUAGUAAGAUUAUUUGAUUUCUUUCUAGCAUCACCAAAAGAAAUCAUCUUAUAUGUUAUAGCCCAGUUAAUAAAUGCCAGACGUGAUGAAAUCUUAAAUACUGAGUGUGACAUGGCUUGUGUCCAUAUGGUCUUAUCAAAGAUUCCAGAAAGCCUAAAUUUUGAAAUAAUAUUGGAUAAAGCUACAAAAAUGUACAAAGAAUAUGAUCUUUCAAACGUCAAACAUGAAGUUGACAAAAGAGUAAAACUAGAAGCUAAGUUAUUAAAUGAUCAACGAGAAGAAAACGCAAAGCGAAAAAAAGACAAAAAAUUUGCAGAUCAAGAACAGCCAGUAUUUAACAAAGCUUUUCGCUAUGUACCCAUAUGGAUCAGACCUAGAAUGAGAUUUGGCCUAUUAUUCUUUGGAUUUAGUUUAGCUGCCGGACUAUGGGCUGUUUUUAAAUCUAAUAAUAAUUAAAUAUUAAAAAUUGCUUCUUAUAUUCCAAUUAUUAUUUGUGCUAUACACAGGGACCAAAUAGACUGAUAUCAUAAAAUAUUAUAUUGAUGUAUUUAUAUUUAUUUGUUUUACUUUUUGAUAUUGGAGUAUUUAAAUUAAUU